GUGUCACGAACUACCCGAUUCACGAUGGAAGGCGUUGGUUCGCGGGUCAUUCGCGGACCGGACUGGAAGUGGGGCAAACAGGAUGGUGGAGAAGGCCACGUCGGGACGGUGCGAAACUUCGAGUCCCAGGAGGAAGUGGUGGUCGUGUGGGAUAAUGGAACGGCUGCAAACUACCGAUGUGCCGGAGCGUACGAUCUGCGCAUCCUGGACAGUGCUCCAACCGGCAUUAAACACGAGGGCACCAUGUGCGACACCUGCCGGCAACAACCCAUCUUCGGGAUCCGCUGGAAAUGCGCCGAAUGUAAUAAUUACGACCUCUGCUCGAUUUGCUACCACAGCGACAAGCACCAUUUGCGGCAUCGGUUCCACCGGAUCACCACACCCGGUGGUGAGAAGGUUCUGCUGGAACCGCGCCGGAAGACGAAGAAAAUUGCCGUCCGUGGGAUCUUUCCCAGCUCGCGGGUCGUGCGUGGGGUGGACUGGCAGUGGGAAGACCAAGACGGAGGUAACGGACGGCGUGGAAAGGUGAACGAAAUCCAGGACUGGUCAUCAGCGUCCCCACGUUCGGCCGCGUACGUUGUGUGGGACAAUGGCGCGAAGAAUCUGUAUCGCGUAGGCUUUGAGGGUAUGGCGGAUCUGAAGGUGGUGAACGACGCUAAGGGCAUGACGGUGUACCGGGACCAUCUGCCGUUGCUGGGCGAGUAUGGACCGGGACGGGGACCACACAACUUCCAAAUCGGCGAUCAGGUGACGGUUGAUUUGGAGACCGAAAUCGUACAAUCACUGCAGCACGGACACGGUGGCUGGACGGAUGGGAUGUACGAAUGUCUCAGCACCACCGGUACGGUCGUUGGAAUCGAUGAGGAUCACGACAUUGUGGUCGCGUAUCCCAGCUCCCACCGUUGGACAUUCAAUCCAACCGUACUGACGAUCGUUUCAUCGCCGGUAUCGCUACUUUCGGACAAUCAGCCGCAACAGUUUGCCGUCGGUGACUUUGUGAAGAUCUGCAGUGAUCUUGAGCGCAUCAAGAUUCUACAACGAGGCCACGGCGAGUGGGCUGAAGCCAUGGUGCCGACACUCGGUAAAGUUGGCCGCGUCCAACAAGUGUAUCACGAUAACGAUCUCAAGGUGGAGGUUUGCAACACAUCCUGGACUUAUAAUCCUCUUGCCGUGACGAAGGUGGCCUCUUCCUCCGAUGGGUCUACAGCAGUUACGACAAACGGCGAGCGAUUGUCGGCAAUACUGAAGAAACUCUUCGAACCGCAUGCUUCGGGUGAUGCUACCGAGGAACUCGUCAAAGCGGCCGCCAACGGUGACAAGCUGAAAGUGGAAGAAUUACUGACCGGCCGGGCGGGACAAAACAUGCCCUCGUCGUCCUCCAGCAUGGGCGAACCACAAUCGGUGGUGAAGCUGGACAUAAAUGGCGUUUUUGCUGGGCAUACGGCGCUUCAAGCGGCAAGCCAAAAUGGCCAUCUGGAAGUGAUAGAGGUACUGCUACGGUACAACAUCGACGUUGAGAUCGAAGACAAAGAUGGUGAUCGGGCCGUGCAUCAUGCCGCGUUCGGUGACGAACCGGCCGUGAUGGGACUGCUGGCCAAGGGUGGCGCAGAUUUGAACGCACGGAACAAACGCCGCCAAACGGCACUUCAUAUCGCGGUCAACAAGGGGCAUUUUAACGUGGUGAAGACGUUGCUGGAGUUGAAAUGUCACCCGAGUCUGCAGGACUCGGAGGGAGACACGCCACUACACGACGCUAUCUCGAAGGAGCACGACAAUAUGCUGUCGUUGUUGCUGGAUCACGGUGCGGACAUUACGCUGACCAACAACAAUGGCUUUAAUGCGUUGCACCACGCGGCCCUCAAGGGAAAUCCGAGUGCGAUGAAGAUCCUGCUCACGAAAACGAACCGCCUGUGGAUAGUGGAAGAGAAAAAGGACGAUGGAUACACGGCGCUCCAUCUGGCCGCGCUGAAUAACCACGUCGAGAUCGCGGAACUGUUGGUGCGAAUGGGCAAAGCCAACAUGGACUGCCAAAACGUGAAUCUGCAGACGGCGCUGCAUCUUGCGGUUGAACGGCAACACGUGCAGAUCGUGAAGUUGCUGGUACGCGAGGGCGCUAACCUUAACAUUCCCGACAAGGACGGUGAUACGCCACUGCACGAGGCAUUGCGGCAUCAUACGCUAUCCCAGUUACGUCAGCUGCAGGAUGUUGAGGGUUUUGGCAAGAUACUGAUGGGACUGAGAAAUAACACCGAUAAGAAGGCGUCCGCAUCGAUUGCCUGCUUCCUGGCGGCGAAUGGGGCCGAUCUAACCAUUAAAAAUCGCAAGCUACAGACACCGCUCGAUCUGUGUCCGGAUCCGAACCUUUGCAAAACCCUCAUCAAGUGUUACAACGAGCGUAAAACGGACGACAUGGACAUGACGUCGGCGAGCGGUGUUGGUACGAUUGUGCCACCGACCGUACCUCGAGCAGGUGGACGAUUGGUUUCUGAUGAGCUUUCCGCUUCAACGUCGGUGUGUCACGCAGCUUCUGGUGGGCCGAGCACAAGCGGACUGAGCCGCACUCAAAUCGAUCCGAAUCUUCUGUUGGACCUUUCUAAAAUCAGUGGACCUCUGGACGAGUGUUUGCUUUGUUCGGAUCAGAAGCGAGACACCGUGUUUAAACCAUGCGGACACGUGGUUUGCUGUGAGAACUGUGGCCCUCGCAUCAAGAAAUGUCUGAUCUGUCGCGAGUCGGUGCUCUCGCGGGAAAAGAUCGACGAAUGUCUGGUGUGUUCCGAUCGGAAGGCGUCCGUGUUCUUUAAACCGUGCGGUCACAUGGUCGCGUGCGAACACUGUGCACCAAUCAUGAAGAAAUGCGUCCAAUGUCGCACCCAGCUCGAGCAAAUGGUACCGUUGUCGGUGUGCAGUGGCGGACCGGGCAGUAUCAUGAACAUUCAGCAUCACGCCGAUGAUGGCAAAAACGAUCUACACAAUCACAACGCAUCACAGCAGCAGCAGCAGCAGCAACAAAUGUUACAAGGCACAAACAAGGCAGGCCUUGGCGUUGCUAUGAACAACACGAUGUCACCGAACACGAGCGCAAUGGGAGGAGGUCCUGGACCGGCUGGGACGAGUAUGCUCAGCAAUAAUGAACUGUUGGCGAACGGAAGUGGUGGUGCUUCCGGUAGCAAUACUACCACGCUUACCACUACCAAUAACACUGGCCCCUCCGGCGUGGCACCGAACAACCUGAACCUGGUGGAUGAUUUCCAAAAGCUGCAGCAACAACUGCAGGACAUCAAAGAGCAGACCAUGUGCCCAGUGUGUUUCGAUCGGAUCAAAAACAUGGUGUUCCUGUGCGGUCACGGCACGUGCCAGAUGUGCGGGGAUCAAAUCGAUGGCUGCCCCAUCUGCCGGAAGACGGUGGAGAAACGUAUUCUGUUGUUCUAA